GCGAGAGCUUGUGUGUCUACAAAGAGCAUUACUCACUUGAAACCAUCAUGGAUGCUCCGGACCAUCAACGAAAUUCGUACUCCGCGUAAUCGGAACACGAGGCUAGGUGACAGGAAUUUUAAAUCGAAACGAAGUUCAGUAAUUUAUUUUGCAGGUAGUGCUUCGGCGGGAGUGUAGUGGUGAUGGCUGCAGAUGAAGCAAAAUACGAUGGUACGUUCAAAGUUCCACUCAAGCCGGUGCCGAAGACGAAAGGGAAGAAAGUGCUAGGUGAAGAAGAAUUUAUUAUUGAAAUGGAAAAAAUCAUCGAAGCAGAUUUCUUUCCGGAUCUGAAAAGUUUGAGAUUCAAGAUGGAAUAUUUGGAAGCGAUGGAUUUGGGCGAUUACAGUGGAAUGCGCCAAGCCUACAUCAAACUGAAACGGCAUCGUGAAGGAAGGAAAGGUUCUUUACCGUCUCCUUCUCUAUCUCCAUCCCCUUCAGUUUCUUCGUCAUUCGGAGAUACCCCGUCGACGGUUUCUGAUUUCGAUAUGAAGGAAGUAGCGCUGGGAUUUGGCAAUGACACUCCGGGUGCGACUCCGGUUUUGGACAAAAUCUCGUCAGAUCAGCCGCUUCAGGUUGUUCUCAUGCAAGAAAAGGCAGAUGAAGCUCAGAGGAAAUGGCGACGGCAUGGACUGGAUGCAUUCCUACAGGAACACACGAGUGAAGAUAAUGAGAGCUUCCGGAUCUUGAUGGAAAAAACUGAGGCGGAACGUCGUCGAAAAAAAGCCUGGAUGUAUGAUCCACCUUCAAAGCCUGGCGAAACUAGCAAGCAAGAUAGACUUGCUCUACCUUCAAUUGAAGAACAGGCGGAUCAAACGAAUCGGCCGGCGAACAUGGACUCGGACGUCUGCCCUGUUUACAACUCCGUCAUGUUCGUUCCAGAGGGCAAAGAACUGACCAUGGAAGAAAAACUCGCCAAUCAAAAACCCGUUAUCAAACAUGGGAGCACUAGACUUAUGACGAAUCCUUUUCCGACCGUCGAGAAGUCAGAGAAAGAUACAAGUGUAGUUUACAAGCGUUCUGCUGGCAAGGGAGAGAAAAUCGGUGUAGACGGAAAACUUGAAAAUGAAGGAAAAGCCGAGGAUUUGUCAGCGAAAUUCAACUUUGUGUCUACUCCGAAGAUCAGACCAGACGACGUGGAUUCUCCACUUCUCACAUGGGGUGAGGUCAUCGGAACCCCGAUUCUCUUGGAAGGUCCGAGCCAUGCCGGAACCCCUUCUUUCCGAAUGGCCCCCACCCCGAAGCGAGACAUGCUGGCUGAGAAACUCGUUCAGAAAUCCAAGGCCUCGUCUCGAUCAGCCACGCCUGUGGUGCAGUCCCAGCACUCGAGGGCAUCUCCAUUCGGCGACCACAAAUCUCGUCGACUCGGCAGCAUGUCACCUGCUGCGCAUUUGCUCAUGACCCGAAAAUUGGGCAUCACUCCGACGUUGCGAUCUGGUAGAACCCCGUCGCCGAUUGUUUUGACCCCACGGAAAAGAACCCCGGGUUCGGAUCGAACCCCGAGAAAGGACUCCACUCCUGUUAUCACGAGAGCUUCAAUCGGAGUUAAAACUCCACAGCGGGGUUCGACGUGUUCUGGGGAGAACUUGUUGAAGUUGCCGAAAAACUAAAUGCUGUGCGUGUGUGUGUGUGUUUAUGUUUGAGUCCGAUGAUUGUUUCAAGUUCUCUGAGUUAUAGUCUGAAUGUUCGUUGCGGAGGAAUAAUGAAAAGAGUUUCCGUGUCUCUUGGAUUACGUGAUCCGCGGAUUUUAAGCGUUUGAAUCUAUAGUUUUACUGAACAUUAGACGAACCUCGAAACUACAGCCUCCUUUUGUCGGAUUUUUCAAGUCCCUGUCUGAAUUCCAAAACAUUUAAUCAAAAACCUCCCUAAUUCAAAGGCUGUCUCCCUCGAACAAAAAAGUUUCUCAAGGCCUUUGUGCUGUUAUUUUAUUGACACAAGAAAGAGAAAAGCAAUAAAAAUGUAACUUGAUAUGUUUUGAAAGGACGUGAAAGAUUGAAUUUUAAAAUGAGCCCUUGCCUCCAAGUUCAGCAUCCUGUCGACUCAAAGGCAAUUUAAGGCCCAGUAUAUCCCCAAUUAAAAUGUCCUUCAACUCUCCUUUUUUCUCAAACGAAAAUGCUUUCUUCCCUGACUCGAAUUUUUUUUAUAGUCCCUUGAAAUUCGUCUCGAAGAUGUUCGACCGUAAUAAUUUAGCACCACUAAUUCUCGUUCCUGUAAAUGCCUUUUUCCCCUAACUGGAA